GUGUGGGGGUGGGGGGAAAGCUGGAAGGCACACAGGUAGUGCUUGCCAUGUUUUUUGGGCUGUGAUGUAAAAAGAUCUUAUGACACACAUUGCACCUGACGGUACAGUGCUUGGGUGGCUGGGAGACAGUUCACAGGACUGUGAAGCUAGCUGGUAAAUGGCGUGGUGACGUGUGGUGGGCUCAGCUGCGUCUGCCACUUACUGGUUAGUGUGUGUGGCCACAGACGAGUGACUUUACUCACCACUGUGCCUCGGGGGUGGCGAGAGGACCAGCCUUGUCAGGGGUCAGUGUUGCGCAUGACUAGAACCAUCAGUGAAGGUUGUUAUUGUCACUCUCCUCCUGAAAUUCUUUGACAGCCAUACAGGCCGUCCAAGGAAGCCCAGGGGGAUCUGAUCUGGCCCCCUUUUCUUCUCCUGGGAUUGACAUCACCGCCAUCACAUCUUGCCCUUGAAACAUCCCAGGUGAUCGCCUCGGAUGGUGGCCUGCGCCUGACAGUCCCAUCAGCUCUUCUCAGCUCUUCUGAGGCAGCAGUGGUCAGCUCCCCGCUCAGCACUUGCCUGGAGCACCCCUCCGCAGCCGUCUGUCCCGUUGUGUCUGCGCGCCGCUUCUGCCCACCCUCUGGGCACCAUCCCUCCCUCCUCUCCCCCUUCUUUCUCUAGUUGACGUGGCAGCUCCCGUGUGCUCCCAGCAUGCCUCGUGGCCGGCGCCAGGGCCCUCGCAAUCCCAUCCGGGCGGCAGCCAACUACGCCAAUGCACACCCCUGGCAGGUGGACGGGGCCACUCCUGGGGUUGCGUACACCCCCCUAGUGGAUCCCUGGAUUGAGCGGCCCUGCUGUGGGGACCCUGUGUGUGUGCGCACAACCAUGGAGCAGAAGAGCUCAGCAAGUGGUGCUGUGGGCGGUAAGCCCGCAGAGAGGUGCCCCCCGGCAAUGCGCGUGGGCCCACGGCCCCUCAGGGUGGACUUCCACUGGGUGCCCGGCUCGGACCCAGGCACCUUUGAUGGCUCCCCUUGGCUGCUGGACCGCUUUCUGGCCCAGCUGGGCGAUUACAUGUCCUUCCGCUUUGAGCACUACCAGGACAACCUCAGCCGCGUCUGCGAGAUCCUCGGGCGCCUGACAGGCCGAGCCCGGGCGUGGGCAGCCCCCUACCUUGAUGGGGACCUGCCCCUACCUGACGACUAUGAACUUUUUUGCCAGGAUCUUGAGGAAGUUAUUCAAAACCCAAACAACGUUGCUGAGUACCACGCUGCAAGGCCCUGUUCUUUGCCUCUGGCCUCGAGCCAGCCACCAGUGGCCCCACAGCUGCCUGUGGUGAUACAGUACUUAGCUAGGUUCUCAGAGGCCUUGGCCCUCAACAUGGGCAGUCCCCCUAGGUCUGUCCCUGCUGCUCUGGCCACCCCCACUGUUUCUAGUUCCAACUCCACAUCUAGAAAUACUCUAUCUGAGCAGCUUCUAGCCAUGGAGAGCAGCCCUGGGCCUGCGGAGCCUCCUGCCUUGUCCAGCUCUGCAGGCAGCGCUGGUCCUGGUCCCGUAGGGCCAUCUUCCUCCCAGCCAGGGGAGGCGGCCCCCAAACCUGUCCCUGCAGUUGAAGAAUCUGCUGAACCCCCUGCCCAGAAACCAGGUCCCACUAACCCAGGGGGUCCGGGACCCCAGGAAACAAAGGAGGUUUCUGAGACAGAGGCAGGCCAGGAGGCAUCCUUAGGUACCCCACAGGGGGCAGUGGACACCCCAGCGACCCCAGGAGAGCCACCAUUCUGUCCCAUGCCCCAGCCCACAGCACUGGAUUCCGAACAUGGCCUGGGCAGGUGUGGCAGUGCCCCCUUGUCAUGAAGUGGCCUGUGUGGCCAGGGAACCCCACGGCCCCCUGUCAGGACAGUGGGGUAUUGCCAGCUAACUCUAGAUGGGGUGCACCAGGUAGUGCCCUGUCUCCUUGCCCCGUUGCUGGUCAGGAGAUGCACUUGUUUGGCGUCUACUGUGUCUGAGCACAAACAGCUCCCCUUAAACCCCCACCCCAGGACACAGCAGGACAAUGGCCUCUACCCUGUGCCCCUCAUUCUCCAACUCCCUCAGUGGCCCAGAGGCUGCCUCCCACUGGGCUCUUGGCUGCAUCCCAACACCUUGUUGGGGAGUGCCUUCUCACCUGGCCUGUUCCCGCUAGCUGGAAAGAGUUGCAGAGAUCAGUCCCCAUCAAGUUUGGGAGUAACUACGCCCCCCCCCAAACCCACCCCCUUCAGUGCUGGCUGGGACUGGACUGGGUCCACUGUGCCACCCCUUUUGGACCUAACUCUUGUGGUGUCUGCUUUGACUCCUACCCUAGUCUCUGCUCCCUGUGUCCCCUAUCCUCUGGACUGGAUGUUAAGGAAGGCUGCAUGGAGGAAGCAACUGCUUUCAUUAUUCAGUAUAAGUGGGAGGGUGUCUUGGCAGAGAAGGGUGCUUCCCUACAUAUGGGCUUACCAGCAGCCCUGGCCCAUUGGAACAGCUUUAAUGCAGGAGGGUGGGGUGGGGGCUUCCUUGCCAGUCUCGGCUCCCUUCUAGGCAUUUGCUUGCUGUGUUAUCAUCUAGUCUUGUUUUGGUCCAUGCUGCCCUCCCCUCUGCUCUUCAGCAGUCCUGCCUCCACACCCACUCGUGCACUUGGCUGCUUCAGCACUCACACCCAGCGCUGUAAUGACUUGUGUAUCUGGAUGGACUGUGAGUCCCUAGGGCAGGGCUCCCAUCAGUCAACCUCGUGUCCCUGCUACACAAUCGGUGCUAUUAAACAUGAGUUGGAUCCAUGGCUGAGUGAGUCCUUG